UCAAGUGUAUAUUUCUGAACGGGAGUGUAUGUAACGCAGGUAAACAGACUCGGGCAGAAAGAGCGAAGGAGAAAGUAGAGUAGACGGACCGACAAAGAGGGGCGGACAGAAAGAGAGAGAGCAGUUCUAUUUCAUUACCUUCGCUCGAUCCUUGGCCGCAGUGCAAACACAGCCAUCAUCUGUGCAACGCGUACUUAUUCAACUACUUGUACUCGUUUAUUCGAUUCGCGCGUGAGACCGCGUCGUUUCCGUGGUUCGAUUCGGUGAACGGAAACGAAUCAUGUACCAAUCAGUGGUCAGUUGAUAAAAUGUGAGAGACACGGUUCGAUUUCUAUCUUUAUUUCAUAAUUAUCGAUUAUUCUUAAGUCUCAAUUAAAUCUCAAGCAAAAGAAUACUACUUCAGAUUUCACAUUUUAUGGUCUACACAUGCAAAUCUCUAAAAAUGUGUAAACGAAUGCGUUAAGAGUUUAUUGUUAACAAUUGUGACCAACAGAGAAAUCCUAAUAUUUGAACAAACGAAGCUGCGUUUGUGAAAUCAUUCGAGGAAGGUAAUUCUGCAUCAGAAUGAUGGACUGCUAUACAGCAGCGAUACUUCUCGCGCUGAUACAAUGCAACUGGUCCCUGGCAUUGUCAGCGAUGGUCCUACCGAGGCCGCCUUCCUCCCCGAAUUACAUCCAACGGUUUGACCGAAAGUCCAGCGAGCAAAAACUGUACGAAGACAAGUCUUUGCAAGGCUUCUUGCCUCGUCCCAACGCGGAACGAACAAAUACGAACGACUACAGUCUAGUAGAAAUCGAGCUACAAAGCCCGGACGAAAUGGACACGAGCUUACAAGACAUCGUCCACGCGAUGAUGAAGCAAUCGACGCAAAUUAACAGCAGUUAUCCAAACCCUGAAGUGAUACCGCAUUCGAUCUUCGGCGUACGGGACGUGGGCUUGUCGAACGUUAAACCAAACCCAGCUGUGGAAGACAGGCAGGUUCUAUCGAGCCCGAAGUAUCAGAACCACGACGAGAAACUGUAUUAUUUAAAGAGCAGACCGAAGGUUUACGUGAACGUGAGAGGACGCAGUGGCUCGUUUCGUAAAGAACCGAAGACCACUUCGUAUCCUUUAGAAUAUUUACGAGUGACACCGUCCGUUCGAAGACAGACCGACUGGAGGUCGAAGAAAAUCGUGAAGAAGUUCAAGCAUCAAACUGAUGAAUAUAAGAAACUAGGGAGGGACGGGAACGAUAAGAAAGUGAACAGAUUAGCAGUGGUUUAUGACAUCGACGAUGGAUCAACAACGGAGAAUUCUAUGGUCACUUCUAGCGAGUUGCCGAAGCAGAUACCUGCACCGCCUUCGAGAGUUCAGAGCAGAGUUAUGACGCAGACGACUCCCGUUCAGAGAUACGCUUUGAUGAGAACUAACACGUUGCCCGGUUACGCUUUCCUCGAUGUUUGAUGCAUAUUUUUUUUUAUAUGUAUUGAAAACACCCAAGAGAUACUACAUACUACCAUAAGAGUGACAGUGCCCGUGUAACUAUUGGGACAGUGAAUGGGACCCAAUGGGACUCGAAACAUAAAAGCUAGGAAAAAUAUUUUUAUACUGAAAUUAUAGGCACUGACGUCCUCUACAAGGAAGAUUCUGUGCUUCAAAUAAAAGUUUUAGGUACAGCUAUUACCUAUAAAAAAGACCGUAUACAAUUUUCUUCUAUCUCUAAUAUGUCAAGAGUAAUCGAUUAAUUAUUUCGUUUAUCGUCAAUUAUUCUUUAACGAAUAGAUUAUACGGCCGGUUCAGCAUCGACGAGUAUUCUGCUUUCUAUUUUUUACGUCGGUGGCAAUAUAUAUUUGAGGACAUAAAAAAUUGCAGAACUUUUCAUGGGACACAAAGUCACGUAAGGCUGCCACUCUUUAGUAUCUCGGUGUAGAAAGGAACAGCAGCGCGCAAAAGUAUGUAAUACUACAGCCCUUAGAUUUGAUCAGUGAUUAUGGAUUGUGCAAUUUUGCAGUUAUUACUGCUCGGAAUAUUUAUUAGUCAAGAAAGAUACUUAUGUAAAAAAGAGGAUUCAACAAUAAUUUAUUUUGUAUAUCAUGUAACUCGGUCGAAAUUAGUUUGAAACUAGUUUCGAUCAUAUUUGAAAAUAAUUUAUUCGACUCCUACGAUAUCUAAAAUAACUUAUUGACAUCCUAAUUUUAAAGAGCGCCUCCUCACAGGGAACUUUGAUAUUUUUUUAAGCCUUGUAUUGUACAUAAAUGUAUAUGCGGUUCGACAUAAAUUAGGUAUUUAAUUAAAUAGAUUUAAGUAAAGCACUACGUUCAAUAAAUGAUUACUUAAAAGCAA